AUGGCAAAUGCAAGCGAGAAAAUGCCGAGGAUUGAUGAGAAUUGUACGGCGUUCAUGUUGCAAGCGAUUCGCAUUUUCAAAACUCGAUUGGAUUCGAAAGCAAUUGCCGAGCAUAAACUUGGUGCUGAUUUGUACGCGGUCACAAUUAUUGGAGCGUUUGCUUCGAUUAUUAUUUUGCUCAUGUAUCGAUCAAUUAAACCACAUGAGAAUAGCGAAGAACAGGUAACACUAAUGCUUGCUUCGAUGCAAAUGCGGGUAGAAGUCGACGAAUUAGUGCGUAGGAAACGGAAAAUGCGAGAAGCGAAAAAACGCGCACAAGACUGGCUGAGAGACAUUCGCAAUAAAAUGAAUGAGAAAGAAAACUAUGCAAUCGAAAAUCUAAUACCAACACCGGAAAAUGCAGUUCUAGUCGAAAGACCAAUUUCUGAGAAUUGUCCGAGUUCGAAUAGACACAGCUCCGUGAGCAGUGUUCCGACUCCAACUCGUCUCGAUGUCAGCCUUCCAUCGAGACCGAAAUCGCAUUUGGGCUUUGUCCCCGAGAUCAUCGUCACAGAGCCCAACCCAUUUAACCUGCAGCCACCCCCGCAGCGCCGCCGUCGAUCGUCUCAUACAAAUUUCAACGAGACACAACCUAACACGCUGCAAUCAUCAAGGCGGUCAUCGGAGAGUAGCUACAAUAGCAUGCCAUUAUCGGUCACCGAAGAAGUUGUCUUCACUUUUCCAGAAAGUAGCUCGUCCGAUUCACCACCAUGGGAAAAUCUUUAA